UCGGCGAAAUUGAAGCUCAGUCGCGAGAGCAAGACGCACUCUCCGGAAAUAAAUGGUGUGCUGUAUCAGUUGUUUCUAAAACUGACAAGGCAUUGAAACAUGAUUAUCAUCAUGUGAAAAUAAGCACGACGUUAGCCAAAGUUGAGCGCUUUUUGUAUUUCAGAUUUGUUUUCUACUUCAUCGUAAUCGGUCGGAAGAAAUAAGUGUGCGCCAGAACCAUAUUUCACAACAAAGAUGGCGUACACAGGCGAUUCAAACGCCACUAUGAGAGACGUGAAGAGAGUCCAGUUUGGCAUUCUCAGUCCCGACGAAUGUCGACGAAUGUCUGUCACUGAUGGAGGUAUCCGAUAUUCCGAGACGAUGGAAGGCGGGCGUCCCAAGCUAAAUGGAUUGAUGGACCCAAGACAAGGAACCAUUGACAGAAAUGCCAGAUGUCAGACUUGUGCUGGCAGCAUGUCUGAAUGUCCAGGUCACUUUGGUCACAUAGAAUUGGCAAAACCAGUUUUUCAUGUUGGCUUCUUCACAAAGACGAUCAAAGUGCUGAGAUGUGUGUGUUUCUUCUGCUCCAAAUUGUUGGCAGACCCGACUAAUCCCAAAAUGAAAGAUGUUCUGACCAAGUCUAAGGGACAGCCAAGAAAAAGGAUGGCUCAUGUAUACGAGCUAUGUAAGGGCAAAAAGAUCUGUGAAGGAGGAGAUGAAAUGGACACAAAGUUAGGAGAGCAACAAAAACGAGAGGGGGAUGAAGAAAAAACGGGCCAUGGAGGUUGUGGGCGCUUUCAGCCUCGGAUCAAAAGAACAGGUUUGGAACUGGUGGCUGAAUGGAAAAAUGUAAAUGAGGAGAGUCAAGAGAGAAAGAUCAUGCUGACGGCAGAGAGAGUUCACGAGAUAUUCAAGAGAAUAUCGGAUGAAGAAUGUUUGGUGAUGGGAAUGGAGCCCAAGUAUGCUCGUCCUGACUAUAUGAUCGUGACAGUGAUGCCAGUGCCACCACUCUCUGUUAGGCCAGCUGUGGUCAUGUUUGGUGCAGCCAGGAAUCAGGAUGAUUUGACUCACAAGUUAUCAGACAUUAUCAAAGCCAACAAUCAGUUGAAGAGGAAUGAACAGAAUGGAGCAGCAGCACACAUUAUAUCAGAGGACACAAAAAUGCUACAAUUCCACGUGGCCACACUCAUCGACAAUGAGAUGCCUGGCCUUCCAAAGGCUGUACAGAAGUCGGGCCGACCUCUGAAGUCUGUUAAACAAAGGCUGAAGGGAAAGGAAGGACGCGUCCGAGGCAACUUGAUGGGGAAACGUGUGGACUUCUCUGCCAGAACUGUCAUUACCCCAGAUCCAAACCUCAGGAUUGACCAGGUCGGGGUGCCUAGAAGUAUAGCACAGAACAUGACAUUUCCAGAGGUAGUCACACCCUUCAACAUAGACAGAAUGCACGAGCUUGUGCGGAGAGGGUCAAAUCAGUACCCAGGAGCCAAAUAUAUUCUAAGAGACAACGGUGAGAGGAUAGACCUAAGAUUUCACCCCAAAGCCAGUGACCUCCAUCUCCAGAUUGGUUACAAGGUUGAGAGACACAUGCAGGAUAACGACUAUGUGGUGUUUAACAGACAGCCAACCCUCCACAAAAUGAGUAUGAUGUGUCACAGAGUUAAGGUGCUGCCAUGGUCAACCUUCAGAUUGAAUCUCAGUGUAACCACACCCUACAAUGCUGACUUUGAUGGGGACGAGAUGAAUCUCCAUUUACCACAGUCCCUGGAAACAAAGGCCGAGAUCUCAAACCUUGCUUUGGUCCCAAGGAUGAUCAUCACUCCCCAGUCCAACAGGCCUGUCAUGGGUAUCGUACAGGACACACUGACUGCUGUCCGAAAGAUGACCAAGAGAGACGUUUUCAUUAACAGGGGUGAAAUGAUGAACCUGCUUAUGUUUCUGCCAACAUGGGAUGGCCAUGUUCCUCAACCUGCUAUACUCAAGCCCAAACCACUUUGGACAGGCAAGCAGCUAUUCUCCUUAAUCAUCCCUGGCCGUGUGAACUGUAUCAGGACCCACAGUACACAUCCUGAUGAGGAGGACUCUGGCCCAUACAAAUGGAUUUCCCCUGGAGACACAAAGGUGUUGAUUGAGGAUGGCGUGCUGAUCAGUGGGAUCCUAUGUAAGAAGACCCUGGGUACAUCCAGCGGCUCCCUACCUCACGUUGUAUUUAUGGAGAUGGGGUACGAGAUAGCAGGACUUAUGUACGGUCACAUUCAGACAGUAAUUAACAACUGGCUUCUACUGGAGGGACACAGUAUCGGUAUUGGAGACACAAUUGCUGACCCUCAGACCUAUAUAGACAUCCAGGACACCAUCAAGAAAGCGAAGGUGGACGUGAUAGACGUCAUUGAGAAGGCUCACAAUGAUGAUUUGGAACCAACCCCAGGAAACACGCUGCGUCAGACUUUUGAAAACCAGGUGAAUCGUAUCUUGAACGAUGCUCGUGACAAAACUGGAGGAAAAGCCCAGAAGUCCUUAUCAGAUUUCAACAACUUCAAAGCUAUGGUGGUGGCAGGAUCCAAGGGGUCCAAGAUUAACAUCUCCCAGGUCAUUGCCUGUGUGGGGCAACAGAACGUUGAAGGUAAACGUAUCCCGUUUGGUUUUCGACAUCGAACACUGCCUCAUUUCAUCAAAGAUGAUUAUGGUCCUGAGUCAAGAGGGUUCGUGGAGAAUUCCUAUCUUGCUGGUCUGACGCCAUCUGAGUUCUAUUUCCACGCCAUGGGAGGUCGAGAAGGACUUAUUGAUACUGCUGUGAAAACUGCUGAGACUGGGUACAUUCAGCGACGUCUGAUCAAGGCUAUGGAGAGUGUGAUGGUCAAGUACGAUGGUACAAUCAGAAACCAGGUUGAACAGCUGGUCCAGUUGACGUAUGGGGAGGACGGACUUGACGGAUGUGGGGUCGAGUUCCAGGCGCUCCCAACACUCAAACCUUCACACAAAUCCUUCGAGAAAAAGUUCAAGUUUGAUGCUUCAAAUGAGAGAAACAUGCGGAAGUGUCUGACGGAGGACAUCAUUAAGGAGCUAAUUGGUGAUGCCUCUGCCAUAUCUGAGCUGGAGAAGGAAUGGGAUCAGUUGAAAGAAGAUCGUGAUGUGCUGCGAAAGAUCUUCCCCAUGGGUGACAGCAAGGUGGUCCUGCCCUGUAAUCUAACAAGACUCAUCUGGAAUGCACAGAAAAUCUUCAGGAUCAACAAGCGUAAACCUACAGAACUCCAUCCAGUCAAAAUUGUGACAGGUGUCGCUGACUUGUGCAAACGGUUGAACACUGUUCCUGGACCUGACAGACUCAGUGUGCAGGCCAAUUACAAUGCCACCAUUCUGAUCAAGUGUCUGGUGCGGUCCACCCUAUGUGCCAAGCGAGUGACAGAAGAGUUCAGACUUAGCUCUGAGGCAUUUGAGUGGCUGCUUGGUGAAAUCGAGACGCGCUUUCAACAGGCUCAUGUACAACCAGGAGAGAUGGUCGGAGCGUUGGCUGCCCAGUCGCUCGGAGAACCUGCCACACAGAUGACACUCAACACUUUCCAUUACGCUGGAGUAUCUGCCAAGAAUGUAACUCUAGGUGUGCCUCGUCUCAAGGAGAUCAUCAACAUCUCUAAGAAACCAAAGACUCCUUCCCUUACUGUGUACUUGACUGGCCAGGGAGCAAGAGAUGCAGAAAAGGCCAAGGAUGUACUGUGUAGGCUGGAACACACGACUUUGAGAAAGGUCACAGCUAACACGGCCAUUUAUUACGACCCGAACCCACAGAACACAGUCAUAUCCGAGGACCAGGAAUGGGUCAAUGUGUACUAUGAAAUGCCGGACUUUGAUGUGUCCAGGAUUUCACCCUGGCUGCUCCGAAUAGAACUGGACAGAAAGAGGAUGACUGACAAAAAGCUUACCAUGGAGCAAAUUUCAGAAAAAAUCACUGCAGGUUUUGGAGAUGAUCUUAACUGCAUCUUCAAUGACGACAAUGCAGAGAAAUUGGUGCUACGAAUUCGAAUCAUGAAUUCAGAUGAAAGCAAAAUGCAAAGUGAUGAGGAAAUCGUGGACAAGAUGGAAGAUGAUGUUUUCCUCCGAUGUAUCGAGUCCAACCUGCUGUCUGACAUGACCUUACAAGGAAUUGAGGCCAUUGCUAAGGUGUAUAUGCAUCUCCCCAACACGGAUGACAAGAAGAGAAUAUACCUCACAGAGGAGGGAGAGUUUAAAGGUGUCGCAGAAUGGAUCCUGGAAACAGAUGGAACAGCACUGAUGAAAGUGCUCAGUCAGCGGGAUGUUGAUCCGAUCCGAACAACCAGUAACGACAUUGUCGAAGUCUUUGCUACACUUGGCAUCGAGGCAGUGAGAAAGUCAAUUGAGAAAGAGAUGAACCAUGUCAUUUCUUUUGACGGAUCCUAUGUCAACUACCGUCACUUGGCCUUGUUGUGCGAUGUGAUGACUGCCAAAGGUCACUUGAUGGCUAUCACCCGUCACGGCAUCAACAGACAGGAGACGGGAGCAUUGGCUCGCUGCUCCUUUGAAGAAACAGUGGACAUUCUCAUGGAGGCGGCGGCCCAUGGAGAAUGUGAUCCCAUGAAGGGUGUGUCUGAAUGUAUCAUGUUGGGACAGUUGGCCAAGAUUGGGACUGGAAGCUUCGAUCUUCUCCUUGAUGCAGAGAAGUGUAAAUUUGGCAUGGAGAUACCUCAGAAUGUUGGCCCAGGCUUAGGAGGAGGAGCUGGCACUGGGUUCUUCUUUGGUGGAGGAAGCAGUCCGGCGGCCGGUAUGUCUCCACAGAUGACCCCAUGGCAACAAGGUGCCACUCCAGCAUACGGCACUGCUUGGUCACCAGGGUUUGGUAGUGGUAUGACACCUGGAGCUGCCGGGUUUUCUCCCUCUGGUGCUAGUGAGAGUGGUUACAGCCCAGGAUACAGUCCUGCAUGGUCCCCUCAACCAGGCUCGCCUGGAUCGCCAGCCAGCCCAUACAUACCAAGUCCAGCUGGGGCCCUGUCACCAAGCUACUCGCCUGCAUCACCAGCGUAUGUGCCAUCUUCUCCAGCUGUCACACCACAAAGUCCUGGAUACUCCCCAACAAGUCCUUCCUAUUCGCCUACAAGCCCAGGUUACUCGCCAACCUCGCCGAACUACAGUCCAACAAGUCCUUCCUACUCCCCAACCUCCCCCUCCUACAGCCCAACUUCCCCGUCCUACUCCCCAACCAGCCCCUCCUACUCGCCAACAAGUCCCUCCUAUAGCCCAACUAGUCCUUCGUACUCCCCAACCUCCCCUUCCUAUUCACCAACCAGUCCUUCCUACAGUCCAACGUCCCCAUCCUACAGUCCUACCAGCCCCUCUUACUCGCCUACAAGUCCCUCCUAUUCCCCCACAUCACCAUCUUACUCUCCAACUAGUCCUUCUUACUCCCCAACUAGCCCUAGCUACAGCCCCACAUCUCCUAGUUAUUCCCCAACUUCGCCAAGUUAUUCCCCCACCUCUCCUAGUUACUCCCCAACCUCGCCCUCCUACUCCCCAACCAGCCCAUCCUAUUCCCCAACCAGCCCCUCAUAUAGCCCCAGUUCUCCUAGCUACUCUCCCUCAAGCCCAAGCUACAGUCCGAGUAGUCCAAGCUAUUCCCCAAGCAGCCCCAAAUACAGCCCCACAAGUCCCUCUUAUUCUCCAACCAGUCCAUCAUACUCCCCAAGUUCCCCCCAGUACUCGCCAAGCUCUCCACAGUACUCGCCCUCGUCUCCAAAUUACUCCCCCACAAGUCCAUCGUAUUCGCCUAGUAGCCCCAAGUACAGCCCAACAUCACCCACUUAUUCCCCAACCUCCCCCAAGUACACCCCUACAUCACCAGAGUAUAGCCCAAGUUCGCCCAACUACAGCCCUGGGUUCUCAUCUCUGUCCCCAACGAGCCCUGGCUACUCUCCCGCUAGUCCCUCGUAUUCCCCAACAAGCCCCAAAUACUCCCCAGCUAGUCCUACAUACUCCCCAAGCAGCCCCAAGUACACGCCUACUAGCCCUACCUACACACCAGGGACAACCACUUCAACAACGCCCAAGUACUCCCCGACUAGCCCAGCAUACUCGGCAGCUGAUGAUAGCGACGAGGACUAGGUCACAAAUCAAGGACUUGUGAAACUGUGGACAUGUGCGUUAGUCUAUGUCGCUUGUGAAACAGGCAGGCUUGUUAUUAAAGAAAACCUGAAGAGAAACUGCAUGAAAUAGACAGAAGAAUUGAAGUCAUGAAACAAUAUUGUAAAUACCAGCUGAAAAAGAAAAGGACUUGUUGAAACAUUGUAAAUAAGAGCUGAACAAGGAAAAACAAAUUAAUGAUUGGAGAAAAAGUAAUCUGUUGGUGAAGAGACAAACUUAAAAAUAAUAUUUACGUGUCAAUGAUUUGUAAGAUAUAUAUUUAUAGGUCAUAAUCACAAUUGUAACUCACAAUUCAAGUGCAUCAUUUUCAUGUCAUUUCAUUUUGAUUUAGAUCAUGUCUCAUAUUGACAAUGAUGUUGGUGCAAUUUCAUUUCUUGGGGGGGGGGGACCCUCUGCUACAGGUUUUAUAUCGUAUAUCAUUUUCAGGUAACUCCCAAGAGACAUAAUUACAGUGGAUUACUCUAAUGUAAAGUUAUAAGUAUUUUACCAGUUUUAAAUUGCAUAAAGAAUGUUUUUACUUGUCCUGGACAAUGACAAAUCUUCUUUUUUUUUUGCCAUGUAUAAAGUCAGCAUUUCCUUGCUAAGGAUAGCCAUUCAUCUUUUUCGUGUGAUUUGUCCAAAUAUACUAGACAUUGAGAAAAGUAUCACCUAAAAUCUUGUCCAGUAUUCUCAGAGUCAAUGGAAAUUGUUAGAUGCCAUGCAUUGUAUUUUGUCAAUGUAUUUUCAAGUUUGAUAUUUAUGUUGUGGAUUACCAUUGAAGCUACAGCACGGCUGCUGCGUUGUAUAAAUGUGUUGUAAAAGGCAGCGAUUUUUCAUAUGUUAAGUGAAAUUUUAAUUGUUAUUCACUGUAAAGGAAGUCACAUCUGAAGCAAUAGGAAAGUGUGAAGCCAUAUGAUGUUUGGUGUAGUGUUUUCCAAUUUUUUGAUGUUUUUAAAAACAAAAUAACAAUUCUUAUUGAAAUAUAUGUAAUUUAUUCAUGCCAGAACAAUUGGUGAAUGUAAAUACAUAGUUUUGUUGGUUUGCUAUAUAUUGUGUAUGAAUUAUGCAAGAAAAUAAGUGAAAAUGCAGUUUGAAUGUCAUUUUUAGAAGCGAAAUCAGGAGCCCUGUGUGUCUGGUCUGAAUGAUUUAAAGAAUGUUCGUUUGUUGUCCUCAUCCUUGGAAACAGUACACUACAGUUGAAACCAUUUAACUUGGCAGCUUUUACAAGGCAAUGCUAGGUUUAAAUGAUUGAUGUAAUUCUUCAAAAAAAACAAAAAAUCACGCAAAGAUUUCCUGAAGCAUGACAAGUCCUGAGUUGUAUAUCUCUUUGUAUUGUAAAUACAGUUCAUUGAUGUCAGUGUUUGUAAAUCAUAUGGUUUCUAUUUGUGGUUCAUUUUACUGUAUUAAAUCAUACACACAAAAUGUAAAUAUGUACUUGUCAAACAGUAGUUUUGGGGGAGGAUUGGAAGUACUCUAGAUACGUUGUGGUAGGUAUAUAAUACUUCAUUUUAAGAAAAGAUAUUUACGUUUUUGUACAGCAGGACUUGAUUCACAUUUCUCCCUGAUGUAAAAAAAAAAAAAAAUGUUUUCAUUUGAAUUCAUGGUCAAUGAUUCAUGCAAAUUUGCACGGAAUUUUCUGUGAUAUAUAAAAUUAUAAAUGUGUAACAUCCGAGGGUGUUUGCUAGACACAUUUGAACUCUUCCAAUUCAACGGCUGGAAUAGUUCAUUAUAAAAUUUCAGGGGUGAUUGAGUUAAAGUAACUAUUCUUCAGCUUGAAAACAACCCAUGUUAAAGGACAGAUAAUGUGCUGUUUAAGUAAAAUUUAUUGAUAAUUGUAAACUGAAAGUAAUAAUAAUUGCACAUUUAUAUAUAUUAUGAAUCUUAGAAUAUCAUGAAAAUACCUUUAUCAAAACUUCGAAAACAAUUUUUUUCAUUGAUUUGGUUUGUUUAUUUCAUAGACGGUCAGUAUUUUACAGACAAGUUUUAUAGAAAUGUAGAAAAAGACAUGCGUUUUAUUGUAUUUGUAUAAAACUUGCUAUCGAAAAGAAAAAGACAAUUCAAAGAUCAUGAAUUUUAAGUCAUUAUUCUGGUUUCCUUGGGAUUUGUUUCGAAUUAUUUGUACUGUGCACAAGUUUUGAGAAGUAAAAUAAAAAAACAAAAACAUUAU